UAUUAUGAUUUUUUCUCUAAUAUAAUUUAUUCUAUUUUAAUUAAUUAUGUGUACACAUGUGGAAUAUCAUAAAAUUGAUAGAAAUUAUUCGAAACUUGUAUUCUCGUCAGAUAAAAGAAUCUAGAAUCGAGGCAGUCGUGGCCGAGUGGUUAAGGCGUCUGACUAGAAAUCAGAUUCCCUCUGGGAGCGUAGGUUCGAGUCCUACCGACUGCGAGAAUUGGUCAAUUUUUUUUUUUCACAUAAAAAUGUUAGAAAAAGAAUAAAUAAAUAAAAUGAAUAAAUAAAACUUUGAAAUAAAAAAACUCGAAUAUUUGUUUUCUAAUUGGUUUCUUUUAACAAAGAGAGGAAGCAAUUGAUCUCUGCCAAAAAUAACAUCGCAAAGUUUACACAAUGCAAAAAUGAUAUUUCUUUUGUGUACCGUACCGUACAUGUGUGCUCGAGUAAUAAGCAGAUAAGAAGACCAGAAAUAAAAAAGAAAACUCUGGUAAUAACUUGUUACGUCAGUGCGGUUGCUAUCUCUAUAUUUCUAUAAAUUGUUUUGCAGACGGCGGUAUGUUUUACAUCUUUAAUUGUCUCUUGUUUUGUAUCUAUUGGUUUAAUAUCUACUUAUCUUUUAUUGUCAUAGUAGUAAUUGUGUGUGUGUGCUCUGCAAAUAUGUCAGUUCAUCGACGCGUGAUUAGUCAAAAUAUCCCUUCUAUUGUGUGUUCCCGCACGACAACGCGACGACAUCUAAUCUGACACAACCAAUUAAUCUUGAUUGACAGCAACGUUUUUCUUUUCUUCGCCUUGUCAUAAAUUGUUUUUUUCUGACGAUAACACACUUGCGUACGUUUUUGCAAUAUAAUCCAAAUAAAUAAAUAAAAUUAUUAGCAAAGUUUAUAUCAAGUUACUUCCACGAUGAGAUGACGACGAUGAGAUGUUUUCUCGCGGAUAUCUCACCCAGAUAUCUCACGUGAACGUUUGCCGAGAUUAUUAUCACAUGACAAAGUUAAAAUCGCGAAAGAAAAGAGAAUCAUCACGAGAAUUGCAAUGUUAGUAAACGCUUUAAACGGGAUAAAACGGUAAUGCCAAAUUGUCUGUCUCUUCCAUUUAUAUUUGCAAUAAUCUUAUCUCGAAGGUCUUCGUACAUUAAACACUUUAUCGCACUGCUAAUCGACGAAUCAUUUGAAAAAUCGUCGUGCUCAUUGUCCUGAUGGAUUAUCAAGAAUUAUUAACAAAUGUGUCAGUGCUCGAUGAACUCUCUAUCGAAUGGGAUGUCUGCUCCGUGAUUGUACAAUACGCGGAUUUACGGAUUUUGUCAUUUUAUGUCAAUAAAAAAAAAAAAAAAAAGAAACUGCAGUUUUCACGUCGAUUCAACUUGCGCGUUGCGUAAGGUCAUUGUUGGUGAGAAUAAUUAUUCUCACUUUUAUUUUGUGGUGAAGACAGACACUUCCUUCUCUGAACGGUGUUCGUCGAACGUCAUGACGUUGUGGCCGACCGGCACACUCUCUUGGAGUUGCGACCUCAAGGGUCUCCUUCAACGAAGAAUACCGAUCCUGGCAUGGCUACCUCUGUACAGUUGGAGCAAACUUCUGCACGACACUCUGGCGGGGCUGACAGUGGGUCUGACCGCGAUACCGCAGGGUAUAGCGUAUGCAAUAGUAGCUGGACUUCCGGCUCAGUACGGCCUGUACAGCAGUUUCAUGGGAUGCUUCGUUUAUCUCGUCUUCGGUAGCAGCAAGGACAUCACCGUGGGUCCUACCGCGAUAAUGGCUUUAUUGGUACAGAAGCACGUGAUGACUGUGGGGGCAGAUCUCGCCGUUCUCGUGAGCUUUCUCUCGGGUGUCGUGAUCACAAUUAUGGGCGUACUUCACUUGGGAUUUCUCGUGGAUUUUAUAAGCAUGCCCGUGAUCUGCGGUUUUAGCAAUGCCGCGGCUAUUAUCAUUGCCACUUCUCAAUUAGGUACUUUGCUGGGCAUAAAAGGGCGCAGCGAUUCUUUUAUCGACGCUAUUAGGAAAGUAAUCGAGCAUAUAACCGAGACCCAACUUUGGGACAUGGUGCUAGGGGUGUGCUCGAUGGUGGCGCUGGUUCUUCUCAAGAAUUUGCCCGGCAAAAAGUUGGGAACGCCUUUUGAGAGAUUGAUGUGGGUGAUCUCCCUGGCCAGAAACGCCAUAGUUGUGAUGAUCGGAAUUCUAAUAGCCUACGUGCUGUACGAUCACGGUAUUCAACCUUUCCAAAUUACGGGUAACAUAACCGAGGGUUUGCCGCCGUUCUCCUUGCCACCGUUCACCAUUGUACACGGGAAUCGCACGUACGGUUUCGUAGAACUGAUCAGCGAGCUCGGCAGCAGCCUCCUCUCGAUACCGCUCAUCGCAAUUCUCGAGAGCGUCGCCAUCGCGAAGGCAUUCGCGAAAGGGAAGACCCUCGACGCCAAUCAGGAGAUGCUGGCGCUCGGUCUCUGCAACGUGUUCGGCAGUUUCGUGAGGUCGAUGCCCACGACCGGAAGUUUUACUCGCACCGCGGUUAAUAACGCGUCCGGCGUCAAAACACCAAUGGGCGGUGUAAUAACCGGCAGCUUGGUGCUCCUGACAUGCGGCCUGCUGACGUCCACUUUCAAAUUCAUUCCGAAACCCACGCUGGCGGCUGUUAUUAUGAUCGCGAUGUUCUACAUGCUCGAGGUGCGCGUUUUCGUCGUUCUCUGGAGAACGAAAAAAAUUGAUUUGGUGCCGUUGACGGUGACGUUAUUAUGUUGCUUGGCCAUCGGCUUGGAGUACGGCAUGAUCGCCGGUAUUGCGGUAAAUUUAAUUCUCUUAUUAUAUUUCGCGGCCCGGCCCGGACUAUUGAUCGAAGAGCGGAUCGUCAAUGGUUUGACCGUGCUCUUCGUAUCGCCCAAGCAAUCCCUGAGCUUCCCGGCCGCAGAGUAUCUCCGUGAGCGGGUAAUGUCGUGGUGCGACAAAAAGCCGGGAAAGUUGCCGGUGGUAAUAGAGGGUCGUCACGUGCUCAGGAUUGAUGCCACAGUCGCGAAGAAUCUAGCGUUGCUUUUGUCGGAUCUCGCGCUGCGAGAUCAGAAGCUCAUUUUUUGGAACUGGUGCGAGGACGCCAGGCGGACUUUGAUAAGUUACGACCCGUCCCUCGCGAUCUACUGCAGAUCGUCCGGCAGUUUAGUACAGAUAUUUUCAGGCGAGACUGAGGUUUGCUGAUCGGAAGGAGUUACAAAGCCACAACAAACAUCUGUGCGUUUGUUGCGUUUUCUACGAUAAAUUAACAAUUCCACCGUUUCGAGCGAGAACUUCGGUUGCGAGCGGGCAACGUUUUUGCUUCGCCGCUCAGACCGCAAAAAAAAUAUUAUUUUAUCAAAUAUUUUAUUUUGUUCACAAGUUAACGAAAAGAAUAAUACUUUAACGAUGUAAAAAAAAUUAACAACGUAAGUGUUUGCGCUCACAACUGAUAAUGUACAAAAAACAAAUCCGUAAUUUUACGACAACGAUGUGUCAAGAAACUUUUUAAUUGACUUUUUUAUUCGGCGUUUAUGUGUGUUAACGCGUAUAUGUGUCACGUAAUUAAUAUGUUAAUGAUGAUUAAAUAUAAU